GGCUGGGAAGGAAGACGGGGAUCCUGCAGGACCUGGAGACGCUACAAUCUACCUCUGUCCGUGGAAGAAGGAGAAAAAAAGAGAAAGAAAAAAAAAAGUCCAAACUUUAUCUGCUUUUUUUUCUUUGCUUUUUGUCUUUUAUAACUUAACAUCGUAGCAAAUAGCUGCUCGGAAGUUGGAAACAUAUUUUUUUCCCCCAUUUUUCUUCUUCUAUUCCGAAGCAAAGGGAAAGAAAGGAGCGUGUGGAAAAAGCUUCAGACAAGAGAGAAACAAAGUGCGUUUGUGGCUUGAGUCUCUUUAAAUAUUGGGCUGAAGAGGAUGUUUAAAAGCUAAAAAAACAAUAAUUUCGUGAGUUAAGACGAGUUGUGCGUGGCUGUGGGGACUUGGACGGAUUCUGGCCGCAAACAGCGCGUCAGCAGCAGCUCCGUCAGCCCCGACACACGCGUCUUUUGCCGCGUUCCAUUUAUCCUCGGAAGUGGGGAUUUCCCAGUUCCCAGUUGGAUUUUUCAACUGGAACGCCCCUUCUAAGUGGGAUUUCCCACUGGGAAAGUGGGAGAGUCUUCACCACCCCCGAGUUCAGAUUCCAAGAUGGCUGCCCGCGGUUGUAAACAGUAGAAGAGAGAGCUCUGUAAAAAUUCGUAGCACUUCAUUCUAGUUUUGGUCACACUAAAUCAGUCGUAUACAAGUAUUGUUCGGCAUAUAUAUGCUGCUAUAGUGUAAUUUACAUUUUUCAUGUGGUAUAUGCGAACUACAAUCUUGUUUUCCUACUUUGUAACUGGAACGCUGAUAACUCGGCUGUGACGUCAUUCCCAGUUCCCAGUUCCGACUCCGCUGCAGCUGCAGCUGCAGAGACUGAACACGCUGCUCUCUCUCUCUCCGCCCAUCUUCCGGGAUGUCUUUCAUUUAUUGCUGUUUACCUGUUGGCCCACGCCGCCAAACAAAACCAGCCUCCUGAAGCUGCAACCCCCCGCAGUCUGAAGCGUCCCGUCGGCCCGCAGGAUUACCGGGGCUCGGAAGGAUGUGGCUCCGCUCCCUGGGCUUGGUUUUGGCCGCCGUGUGCGUCGCGAUGAGCGGCCGUGCAGCGACUGGGGAGAUUUGUCCAAGCAAGGACAUCCGCAACAAUGUGACCAACCUGCUGACGCUGGAGAACUGCACCGUGAUCGAAGGACACCUGAAGAUCUUACUCAUGUUCAAGACCAAGCCAGAAGAUUUCCGAGGCCUCAGUUUCCCCAAGUUGACAGUAAUUACGGACUAUCUUUUGCUCUUUCGAGUUUACGGCUUGGAGAGCCUCAGCGAUCUUUUCCCAAACCUAACGCUCGUCAGAGGCAACAACCUGUUCUUCAACUAUGCCCUGGUGGUGUUUGAGAUGCUCCAGCUGCGAGAGCUCGGCCUCCAUAGCUUGAAGAACAUUACCAGAGGAGCAGUGAGACUUGAAAAGAACCCAGAUCUCUGUUAUCUCUCCACUCUGGACUGGUCCAAGAUCCUCGACUCGGUGGAGGACAACUACAUUGUGGCCAACAAGAAUGACAGAGAGUGCGGAGACGUUUGCCCGGGAGCACCCACCGGCAAAACGACCUGCCAAGCAACCACCAUCAACGGACACUUCAACGAGCGCUGCUGGACGCAGCACCACUGUCAGAGAAUGUGUCCCGUUCACUGCAAACAUCGGGCCUGCACUAAAGACGGCCAGUGCUGUCACGAUCGGUGCCUGGGCAGCUGCCUGGAACCAAACUCGUCCAGUCACUGCACGGCCUGCCGGGGCCUCCAGCACGACGGCAGCUGCGUGGAACAGUGCCCUAAAAACUACUUCACCUUCAAGGGCUGGCGCUGCGUCUCCUUCGGCUUCUGCCAGGAUCUGCACAACGGAUGCAAACAGGAGAAAGAGCACAGCAAGAGCACCGACUGCCACGAGUACGUCAUCCACAACGGUGCCUGCAUCCCCGAGUGCCCCUCCGGCUACACCACCAUCAACUCCUCCUCGCUCAUCUGUACUCCCUGCGCAGGUCUCUGUCCCAAGGUGUGUAUGGGCGUGAAAACGGUGGACUCUGUCACUGCUGCUCAGGCGUUGAGAGGCUGCACGGUUCUCAACGGAAGUCUGAUCAUCAACCUGCGAGGAGGAAAUAACAUAGCAGCUGAACUGGAAGCCAGCCUGGGCCAGCUGGAGGAGAUCACUGGCUACCUGACAGUGCGGCGCUCCUACGCCCUCGUCUCCCUCUCGUUUUUUCGCAAACUCCAUGUAAUUCGUGGAGAACAACAAGAUGUCGGAAAUUAUUCCUUCUAUGCGCUGGACAACCAGAACCUGCGGCAGCUCUGGGACUGGUCCAAGCACAAGCUGACCAUACAUCAGGGCCGUUUGUUUUUCCACUACAACUCCAAACUCUGCAUGUCCGAGAUCCGCAAGAUGGAGGAGGUGACGGGAACCAAAGACCGGCAGGUCAAGAACGACAUCGCUUCCAAGACCAACGGAGACCAAGCCUCAUGCGAGAACCACGUUCUGAAGUUCACCCAGAUUCGAACCGUGAGCGAUAAGAUUAUGAUCAAGUGGAAACCCUUCUGGCCUCCGGACUUCAGGGAUCUGCUGGGCUUCAUGGUGCUUUAUAAAGAAGCACCUUUUAAGAACGUAACUGAGUUCGAUGGGCAGGACGCCUGCGGCUCCAACAGCUGGGUGAUUGCAGAUGUGGAGCCUCCGCGUCGAGCCACGGAGGGGGACAAAGAGCAGUCUGAGCCGGGUCAUCUCAUCAUGCCCCUGAAGCCCUGGACUCAGUACGCCAUCAUGGUGAAAACACAGCUCUCCGCCUCCGACGAGCAUCAGGUCCACGGAGCCAAAAGCGAGAUCAUCUACAUCCGCACCAACGCCACAAAACCCUCAGUCCCAAUGGACCCCAUCUCGUCUGCCAACUCUUCCUCUCAGAUCAUCCUCAAGUGGAAACCUCCUAACGACCCCAACGGCAACAUCACCCACUACCUGGUCAUUUAUCAGCGCCAGCCCGAGGCCGCUGAGCUCUACAAGUUUGACUACUGCCAAAAGGGGAUGAAAUUGCCAUCGCGGGUGCCCACUCAGGUGGACAGUGAUGAGGAGCAGAAAUGGAACCAGACGGAGGAGCAGGGCCAGGGAGCCCGAUGCUGCGCCUGUCCAAAAACCGAAAAGGAGCUCAAGAAGGAGAAGGAGGACUCGGAGUACCGCAAAACCUUUGAGAAUUACCUCCACAAUGAAGUGUUUGAGAUCAAACGCUCCAGACAGCGGCGCUCGGUGAUGGGCAUCGCCAACAGGACGCAGCACUUCCUCACGACCGCCCCCAGCCCAGCGGGCGGCACCGGGACCCCCGACAACGAGGACGUGGAGACCUUCGAGAGCACCAAGACCAUGGUCACCGUCCACGCCAAGGAGUACGCCGUCAUCUCGCACCUGCGCCAUUUCACCAGCUACCAGAUUGAGAUCCACGCCUGCAACCACCCGGUUAUCGACGCGCGCUGCAGCAUGGCAACGUACGUCAGCGCCCGCACCCUGCCUGAAGAAAGAGCUGAUGACAUCUUAGGUCCCAUCACUUGUGAUGUGACGGAGAGCACGGUGCACAUAACCUGGCAAGAACCCACAAGCCCCAACGGCAUAAUAAUUCUGUACGAGGUCAACUACAAGAAAGUAGGAGACAGUGAGGAGCUGCAUUACUGUGUGUCACGGAACAUGUACAAAAUGACCCGUGGCUGCAAGCUGAAAGUAAUGCAUCCUGGGAACUACUCCGUGAAGAUCCGGGCCACCUCGCUGGCUGGGAACGGAUCGUGGACCGAGUACACGUACUUCUACGUGAAGGAUGCAAGCGAUCCUCUCUACGUUGUGAAGAUCAUUAUUGGACCAAUUAUCUGCUUUGUGCUGCUGCUGUUUGUGGCCGUGGCCGGAUUCGUCGUGUUCAAGAAGAAUCAAACUCAAGGGCCCAGCGGUCCCAUCUACGCAUCCUCCAAUCCUGAGUACCUCAGUGCUAAUGAUGUGUACGAGGAGGAUGAGUGGGAGGUUCCCCGGGAGAAGAUUAACAUUUUGAGGGAACUGGGACAGGGCUCCUUUGGCAUGGUCUACGAAGGCAUCGCCAAAGACAUUGUUAAGGGCGAAGGAGAAACGCAUGUCGCCGUGAAGACGGUGAACGAGUCGGCCAGCCUGAGAGAGAGAAUCGAGUUCCUGAACGAAGCCUCGGUCAUGAAGGCCUUCAGCUGCCACCACGUGGUGCGUCUGAUGGGAGUUGUUUCAAAGGGCCAGCCCACCCUGGUGGUGAUGGAGCUCAUGACCCACGGGGAUCUGAAGAGCUACCUGCGCUGUCUGCGGCCGGACUCCGAGAACAACCCUGGCCGUCCACCGCCCACUCUGAAGGAGAUGAUUCAAAUGGCUGCUGAGAUUGCAGACGGCAUGGCUUACCUUAACGCCAAGAAGUUCGUCCACAGGGACCUGGCAGCCAGAAACUGCAUGGUAGCACAUGAUCUGACGGUCAAAAUUGGAGACUUCGGCAUGACCAGGGACAUCUACGAGACGGACUACUACAGGAAGGGCGGGAAGGGCCUGCUCCCCGUCAGGUGGAUGGCUCCAGAGUCUCUGAAGGACGGCGUCUUCACUGCACAUUCAGACUGCUGGUCAUUUGGGGUUGUGUUGUGGGAGAUCAGCACGUUGGCCGAGCAGCCGUACCAGGGCCAGUCCAAUGAGCAGGUCCUCAAGUUUGUCAUGGACGGAGGCUACCUGGACCGGCCAGACAACUGUCCCGACAGACUACACAACCUGAUGCAGAUGUGCUGGCAGUACAACCCCAAGAUGCGUCCCACCUUCCAGGAGAUCAUCGAGAUGCUGCGGGAGGACCUGCACCCAUCGUUCCAGGAGCUGUCCUUCUUCUACAGUGAGGAGAACAAGCCCCCGGAGACGGAGGAUUUUGACCUGGACAUGGAAAACAUGGAGAGCAUCCCACUGGAUCCUUCUUCAUACUCCCAGAGGGAGCAGUGUUCGGACAGGGACGAGGCCUCCUCCGUGGGCCUGAGGGGCAGUUACGAGGAGCACCACAUCCCAUUCACACACAUGAACGGAGGAAAGACCAACGGACGAAUACUGGCAUUGCCGCGGUCCAGCCCCUCCUAACACACAAGACAUACACACACAGUGAUUCAAUAGAUACACAUCUAUUUUUGUUUUUUUUGUUGUCAUUUUUAUAUAGAUCACACUUUUAUCACUCUGUCCUCAGAAGCUCCUCAGUGCAUAUCUCAGGACCUUAUUUUUCUCUCCAAAUGCCACAAACACACUACAGUAAGUCCACUCACGGACACCACAAGACAAGUUUUGUAUUUGAGGAGGAAUCUCCUGCGUCUCUGUUGUUAAUGAUUGUAGUUUAUAUACUGUACACAUAUAUAUAUAUAUACAAAUUGCCAAGUUUGUGGUUGUCUAGGUGGAUGUUGGAUUCAACUGUGAAACAAACUCUUGACAAACAAGAAGGCUGCUAAACCCACUGCCCCUACAUGAGUCCAGGCCAUAUCCUCCUCCCCUACUUCAUCAAGAGUUCAUCCUCGGGCUGCUAUAUUUUGGAGAAAAAAAAAAAAAGAAAAAGUGCCCUUCUCUUUUAAUUGUGGCCUACACCAGUUGUCAUGGAACUGUGUCUGAAUCUUUGUAAGCAAGCAGAUGAUGAACUGAGAAAGAGAAACUUGGGGAACUCUGUUGGAUGGUCGGAGCUGGUCCAUCCUCGAACAAACUUUGAUCCGGUGGAGACGCCACUGAAGUGGCUCUCCUCCUCACACUCUGCAGUAUUCCAAAAUGGCACACAGGAUAAACACAGGACUUUUGUUGGGUUAUAUAUUUUUUUUUCUAAUUUAUUUACCUGUAUUUCUUUUUUUUUUUUUUUCUUCCUCUUUAUUUUCUUUUUUUUUUCCUGAGUUUUCACAAUUAUAGUUGAAGGAUAUUUAAACUGUUCUCAGAAACCUGUUGAGAAACAGCUUUGUCAGAUUGACCAAUAGCUGCUUCGCUGGUAUAUUUUAGUUGGUAUAGAUACAAAAUAUAAAUAUAUAUAUCUAUAUAAAAAUAUUAUAUUGAUGUUUUUGUACAUAGUUGAUGUCUUCUUUCUGGUUAGAUAAAGCUUUUACAUGUUAGUCUCUUAUGUUUAUUUUUUUUCUAAUGCAGAAAAUCAUACUAAUUAGCUUUUUUGGACUCAUGAUCAACCAAUGGCACUUGAUCUUUUUACAAUGUGAUGCCUGGGAGGAGGUGUUUUUUGGUGUCUUCAGCUUAAAUAUCUGCCCAUCAUAUCAAGAUCAAUUAAAAUAGUGCUGUAAAUAAUGCAGCAAGGUGCA